AAACAGUGCCCUAGAUGGUUUUUGUUGUGCCAUUCGUUGUUGGUCAGAAAGGAUUCAUUUGGAAUCAUUCGCAGGGGUGGUGUUAAUGUUCCUUAGUGUGUUGCAGUGCGAAGGAAAAUUAAAAUACGAAGAAAAUGGUGAAGGAAAUUCCAUCGAGUACGGUGAUAAACCGCGAUGAGGAGUGUUUGAAAAAGUCACUGAUGGAGGUUGUGAAAAGCGAUUCGAGCAAUCUAUGCCGGUUAUGUUUGUCCAAGGAGCAAAAGCUGACACGUGCUUUCUCGGACGAAAGAGGAAUCGACGAUGCGCUGCUGAAGAAAAUUUUCGAUUGCACAACAGUAAAGGUUAAAUUGAAGAACAUUUUCCCAUCUGCCAUCUGUGCGGUGUGUGACCUGAAGCUGAAUGAAUUCUACAAGUUUCGAGAGAAAUGCAUCGAAAACGAUACGUUUCUGCACAACCUGCUCGACGAUCGUGUGGCUGUGGAGGAAGUCGAUCAAUCGGUGCCCAUUGUGGCCGAGCAGCAAAGCAGGACUAUUGCGAAAAGUGGCGGAAGUGCCGCUGAACAACAGGCCGCAACAUCGACCACAUCGAUCCCGGAGGCACAGAAACAUAGUAAUAGCAGUAGCGAAAUGAUGGCAAUAGCGUUGAAUCAGUUGUCUUCGUUCGGAUUGCGACCACUGCAGGAUCUGAUGUUGGAAUCGAAUGGUCCGCUGGAGACCGCUGGUGCACUGCUUCCCAAUAGCGGCGGGAAUGUCGUAUCGUCGUCCUCUGCUCCAUCCCAACCGCACGACACACCGGCACCAUCGCUUAUCUCCUCGAUCGAAUUUGUAACGCAGAAAAAACGUCAGCUAGAGCAAGAACGCGCCUUCGCACUGACAACACUGGAAAUGGCUGGCCUGCAAGCAAUGCGUAGCCACAGCACCGAAAGCGGUGGAAAGUUCAAAUGUACGGUGUGUAAUCGAACGUUCCGCAACGCUUACACGCUCCGGCGGCACACGAACUUGCACACCGAAACGAACCUAUUCCCGUGCGAGUAUUGUGGUAAGAAAUUCAACGAUCGCUCAAACUGGAAGAUCCAUCAGCGUACGCACACCGGCGAUAACUUGUACACCUGUCUCGUCUGUCUGAAGACGUUCAUCUCUCCCUCGACGCUCAAGUACCAUCGGAGAUCACACCGGCGGCUCGAAUCGUUUGACUGUCGGCUGUGUCCGGACACGUUCGGCAGCUACGAUCUGCUGGAGGAACACGCCCGUACCACGCACCAGGACAUGCAAGACUUGCAGUCGGACGAACCGAUGAUCGAUGCCGCUAGCUUCGUUAAGAUUGAACUGGAAGAUGGCGAACUGUCCAGCUCGAUGGCGGUGGUAAACGAUGUGUCUACCACGCGUCUACAGCGCAACGAGGACGACCGCGAACGACGAUCAAUCGACAGCAGCAGUGUGGAGGAAGCGCAACUCGCGGAGCUGUAUCGUACGCAUCAGAUGUUGGAACUUUUCGAAAAACAGUUCCAAACCGAAGCUGCGUCAACCGAGACUGAAAUGGUGGAGGGCGAAAACCCGACCGACCUAGGGACGGUUAAUGAGCGGAAGGAGCAGGAUGCGGUGGCAAUAAUGCGGGAAAUACGAGCGCAAAUGCAUGCACAGCAAGACGAGGUAGAAGUGAAGGAAGAACCGCUCGAUGAUUCGUUGGAGCUUGAUCCCAGUGAACUGUUGCAGCAAGCGAUGGAGGAAACAGUGGACGGCAAUGAUGAUGGUGAAGGUGGCGGCAAACAGUUCUCCUCGUCCUCGAGUGCAUCAUCGUCCCCUUCGGCAGUGAUACUGUUCCGGUGCGACUACUGUAUGAAAAUAUUCCACUUCCUUGACGAGCUGAACGCUCACAUGCUACUGCACAAUGGUGCUGCUAAGGUCAAGGGCGGCAACGGAGCUGUAAUGGUUGGUUCUGAAGCAGUUCCUACCACUAGCCCCACUACUCCAUGUUCCUCCGACCCAAUGCCAAUGCUGGCGCUAAUGGGACCAGACGGACCCAUCCCGCUAGUAUCCGGAGGUGGUUCUAAAGGGCCCAAACCACGCAAGGCCAAAAGACGGCGCAUUCCACUCGGUCCGGAACAGUCACAUGACGCUGAGAACAGUGAAACCGUAGCACCAUCGUCGCCUCCCGAGCAUCCUUGCUCGAAGUGUUCCAAAAUGUUCCGCACGGAGGAGCUGAAGCGUGUUCACGAAGCGACACACGCCGACGAUGAACAGGCCAACAAGGUACGCAGCUGUCGCAUCUGCAACAAGCUGUUUAAAUGCGAGCUAAAUCUGUUGGCGCACAUGCGCAAACAUUCGCUCACGGUACUCCAAGGUGCACCGGCUGAAGGGGAACCGGCGGGUGAUAGCAGUGGGAACGAUGAGUCCUGUUCUUCGUCCUCGCACACCGGUGCUUUAACUGGCUCGUCACUACAGGAACCCGCUCACCACGGUGUACCGCCGGCAGAUGAAAGCGAUGAAGGAGAAACGGUUGCCCAAACCGAAACGGAUGUGGCUUCGUCCGAGAGUGGUGCCGAGGUAGGUGGAUCCGGCGAUUCGGCCUCACUGGCCGCAAACUUUCUUUCCCGCGGUGCGUUCAGAAAGUGUGAAAUAUGUGCCAUCACGUUCAAAGAUUCGGUCACGCUCGACAAGCAUAUGCUGUGCCAUUUCGAGCGCAAGGAAGCGAUCGCCUUUGUGCCGCAAACGGAUCGACCGUUCCAGUGCACCGAGUGUCACAAAAGCUUCAAGCGAAAGGACUAUCUGCUCAUACACAUACGCACGCACACGGGCGAACGGCGCUACAAGUGUGAUCUCUGCUCGAGCGCUUUCGUGCAUCCAUCGAAUCUGAUCACGCACCGGAAGCUGCACUCGAGCGAGCGUCCAUAUCAAUGCACGCUGUGCGGUGCCACAUUCAAGCUGUUUGCUGGGCUAAAAAUUCAUCGAAGGCGCUGUGAGCAGAAGCUACCGAAGAGCUGGACCGAGGGUGUAGCACAUGGCGGGUUUGGCGCGGGACCACACGAACUGGUCGAUACUGCUGAGCAAGUACCGACCGACAAUGUACACUAUCCAUUCUGAAUGGAGAUCCGCGGAAUGCCCCCGGUACAACAGCAUGUGGCUAGUUUUUAAGAAGAGCAAUCAUCGAAAGAUUUCUUAAAUGGGGAUGUAACAUCCCCUGUGGUAUAUUGGUUAAGCAAGCAACGAACUGCGAUUGUGCGUUUAUAUAUACAUUAGGAGAGUAGCCCCCGUUUCCUUAUGUUUAUUAUUAUUGCCAUUUAGCAACUAGUAGCCGCCAACGGGAUUAGUGGUAGCGUGAAAUUGUGAAAUAUUCUAUGUAUCUGCUUUUGUGUUGUACUACUCUAUUUUAUGUCGUAGAUUUAAUGCUGUAGAGAAGAACCACCCUUUUUUUAGUGUAACGCUUUCAAAAGCACAUUAGAUAUUUCAGCAUUAGAAAAUAAUGUUGAGCAUCAGUUCUCUGUGCGCCAUAUCGUAUUUAAACAACAACACAAAACGAAGCAAAACUAUUCCAAAAUGGAAUGCGGUUGUAUUUAGAAGAGAGAAAUGACAAAAACCCCAUAAAACCUAAAAGAGGUUAUUCGGGACUUAUAUGCGGGCUCCUAGUUGAACAAAUUCUCAAACAAUGUUCAAACGCAAAUUUGAGAUUCCCAAAGCCCAAAACACACACUAUCGUGCAAGGUAUAAACUGUUUCCUUUUUUCUACCUAGCAUCUCACAGACGAACGAAUGCGAAUCUGUAUGGAUUAAGUAUUAAUUGUUAGGGCGCAAAGUGUUGUAUAAGGUAAAAAAAAGAAUGGUACUGGAAUAUACCAUUUGUUCCUAUAUCAAACAGCAUCCUACUCAGUGAUUCGCCGUGAAAUUAUGGCAGAGAUAGCGCAUAAGAAAUACAAUAGGCCAGAUUAUUCCGAACUGAAAUUGGAACAUUCUAAGCUAAUUACAAUAGAAACGUAAAAUGAAAUAAGCCGCUGACGUUAACUAGCCUUUCUGUUCGUUAUGUGUUUUUUUUUGUUUUCUGCAAACUUUAUUUGAUGGAAGGUAAAAAGCUUUGCACCUUGUGAGAUGAGACUCAGUUGUGCGUGCAAUCCUCGCAAACUUUACAAAAAUGUUGAACAUUUCGAUUCAGAUUUUUUUUUAUUAUUUUGCAACUCUUAAUUGUGCAUUUUAGUCAUUGCUAUUUAAGAUAGAGCAACGUAGAUAGAAACCUCUAGAUGCGCGAUGUUACGUGUUGCGUACAAAUGGGGUCUAGGGUUAAAAAGUGUAAGUGUAUGCUAUAAAAUACGAGCUCGUCAGUAAGCAAACUUGACAGACUUAAGUACAAGCA